AAUAGAAUGGUAAUGGUGAGCAAUGCGUAGGCUGGUUGCCUACGGUUUGUAAUAUAGCUUUUUCUGUGAUUUAAAACAACUGUGCCCAAAAUUAACUAAAGUACAAUAUAAACUUAAUCAUGGCGAGUGCAAGUUCGUCUUCAAGAGUGGAAUUUAUAGUUGGUGUUAAAUAUCGAUUAGUUCGUAAAAUUGGAAGCGGAUCGUUUGGUGAUAUAUAUUUGGCUAUCAACAUUACAAAUGGCGAGGAAGUUGCAGUUAAAUUGGAAUCUACUAAAGCUCGUCAUCCACAACUAUUGUAUGAAAGUAAAUUAUAUAAAAUUCUCCAAGGUGGUGUUGGAAUACCUCAUAUUAGGUGGUUUGGUCAGGAAAGAGAUUACAAUGUUCUUGUCAUGGACCUUUUAGGACCUAGUUUGGAAGAUUUAUUUAACUUUUGUUCCCGAAGAUUCACAAUGAAAACUGUCCUAAUGCUAGCCGAUCAGAUGAUUGGGAGGAUUGAAUAUGUUCAUGGCAAAAAUUUCAUUCAUAGAGACAUAAAACCAGAUAAUUUCCUCAUGGGAAUUGGGCGCCAUUGUAAUAAGUUGUUCCUGAUUGAUUUUGGUUUAGCUAAGAAGUAUAGAGAUAAUAGAACACGUCAACACAUUCCAUACCGUGAAGAUAAAAACCUAACUGGAACAGCACGUUAUGCUAGUAUUAAUGCUCACUUGGGCAUUGAGCAGAGAGAUGAUUUAGAAUCUCUUGGCUAUGUUUUAAUGUAUUUUAAUCGAGGGAGUUUGCCGUGGCAAGGUCUGAAAGCUGCAACCAAAAAGCAAAAAUAUGAAAAAAUUAGUGAAAAGAAAAUGUCAACUAAUGUUGAAGUUUUAUGCAAGGGAUUUCCUGCUGAAUUUGCAAUGUAUCUCAAUUAUUGUCGAGGUCUUCGUUUUGAAGAGGGACCAGACUACAUGUACUUGCGACAGUUAUUCCGAAUUCUUUUUAGAACUCUCAAUCACCAAUAUGACUACAUUUUUGACUGGACGAUGUUAAAACAAAAAGCGGCAGCAUCUGCUGCUGGUGCUAGUGCUACGUCGCAAGUCGUUACUACUACUGCUGGUCGCUAACUAGGUGGCCUUCCCAGACAAAGUGCUGGGAAAUAGGAACACCAUGGUAGCCAAUAAGCCAAUAAAUAUGGAAAUAAAUAUCCAGAUCAGAAAAAAAUAUUUAUGUUCAAGAGAUGUACAUUGGAAAUUCUCGUGAAGCUUCAGCUGAUUAUAUGAAAUGAAAAAUAGAAGUUUUGAGUGCAGAAACGGCUUUUCAUCGAAUAUUUUAUUCACAUUUGUUAGUAAAUUGGAGAGUGCUUCUUUUCUGCAUCAUGGACUACUAAGUUUUAUCAUGAACAUUUUUACCUUUUCCCAUGUCAUACCUGGUGCAAAUGUUUUUCCAAGAAUUGUAACUCAACUAUCUUGUGUUCUAUGUGUGAAUACUCAUCAUUGGAGAUAUAAAAUUUUGUCUUUAUUCAACAUGACAUUAUCAUUAAUUAUCAUACCACCUACAUUAUCAUCAAUUUAAAAAACUAAUACGCAUUUUUUUGAUGUUUAGCGUUGGUGUGCAAUUGACUUCAAACCCGAGUCGACAAUGAAGACCUAAACUGAUUUUGCCUUUAUUAUUUGCACUAAAAUGGUUAGUUAAUGCUGUAAUAACUGCAAAGUCGAAAUUUGAGAAAGUAUGGGGAAAAAAAUCUUCUAGCACCAAAAACUAUCUUAAUGCUUGUAUAAAAUGUUAAAAUGGACAUAUUUUGUGUGCUUGCCAAUAAAAUAAGUGAGAUGGCUUCAUAAACUGUUAAGUGAAGAACAUCGUGUAAGAAAUGAAUGAACUCUUCAAAUUUGUUCAUCUGUAGCAUUUGAACGAACUGUUAUGUUAUCAUUUCUUGAUUGAUUUCCUAUAUAUUUAGCUCUGCUCGUAGUCAUUCAUUUUAUAUUUGUGCCGCUUUAUGUGGCAAACCUAUGUUAGUGAAGUUCGUCACUUUUCAUGUUAAUGCCACAAAUUCAUCCAUGGGAAUUGAUAACCUGAUUAUUUGUAAAAAGUUUAAAUUAAUGUUUAUAGGUAGCUGCAGUUCUUUGUUGUUUGUUGCCGCCUUAUUACUUAUUGCAUUAAUUGUGUGAUUUUUGUGAUUCUUUUGUAUGUAGUUCUCCUGAGGAAAAAGAUAUAUAUUAUAUGAAAAUGAAAUAAUUAAUGUUACAUAAGUCAUUGUGUGCUAGCAACAAAUUGAAACUUUUUAAGUUCUUUUUAAACAAGCUAUUUGAAAUGUAAAAAAAUAACUUUGUUUCAAUAAAGAACCUAAAGGUGA